ACAGAUCAAGAAUGCAACAAUGGCUGAAGAUUUCGUUGCUAGUAUGCACAUUCGGUUUCCUCAAAGAAAUUCGUCCCAGUGAACCGUUCAUCGUCGAUUAUCUUGCUGGACCAUGGCGCAAUUUAACGAUGGACCAGAUCGUACAGGAAGCGUUCCCGAUUGGUACCUACUCCUAUCUGGCUCAGCUAGCCAUCAUCUUCCUGGUGACGGAUUUCCUGCGCUACAAACCGAUCAUUAUCGUAAAUGGGGCAGCCGGUAUCGUUGUUUGGAGCAUGCUCACCUGGACCACAUCGCUGACCGCACUCAAGGUGCUGGAAAUAUUCUACGGUACAUAUUGUGCCGCCGAGGUGGCAUACUUCAGCUACAUUUACGCCAAAGUGGAUCGUGAGCACUAUCAGAAAGUAACCUCGCACACACGGGCAGCAAUUUACAGUGGGCGGUUCUUUGCUGCCAGCCUCGCCCAGCUGCUGGUGUACUUUGAGGCGAUGGACUAUCGGCAGCUUAAUUAUUUGUCGCUAGCCGCACAAAUCAGUGCCACACUUUGGGCACUAUUUCUGCCGUCGGUUCCCAACAGUAUGUACUUUCAUCGACAAACUUUACCCAGCCAAUCAUCAGCAGGCGAUUCAACCGCAGUACAAUGUACCACCAUCAGCGAUACCACGGUGAUCGGUGACAAGCAAAUGAAGAUGGUCGAUGUCAUAGAAGACGAUAAUUCGGAUGAUAGUAAGCCUCCGAUGACACCGAACCGGCGUGUAAUGUCAUCAUUUCGUUCUCGGUUGAAAGGUGCGUUCGUACUGCUGUGGACACACUUUCGCACCUCGUUCACCAAUCGGAGCGUCCUUCAAUGGAGCAUAUGGUAUGCGCUGGCCAUGGCUGGCUACAUCCAAAUUCUAGCCUAUGUGCAAGCUCUGUGGAGUUCCAUCGAUGAAACACAACCGGCCAUCUGGAACGGAGCGGUUGAAGCGGCCCUAACGCUGCUCGGUGCCAUCGUAGCACUGCUGGCUGGAUAUUUGCACAGCGGAUUCCUUAAACCUCGCACCAGUCUACUGUCGCUAGCAUUGCUUUCGUUUGCCGCCGGUGGUGCAAUGCUGUUGGCCACCAAGACCGGUAACCUGAUCGUGUCCUACCUCGGUUACAUGGUAUUUUGUGUACUUUACGCCUUUGCCAUCACCGUGGUAAGUGCGGAAAUUGCCAAAAACAUUUCGGACGAUUGUUUUGGACUGGUGUUUGGAUUCAACACACUCGUAGCUUUAUCGCUGCAAACGCUGCUCACGUUUUCGGUCACCGAUUCAGAUGGCUGGUUUGCGUUGGACGUUUUUGGUCAGUUUACUGUAUUUAGCUGCUACUUCCUGGUGCUUGGUGGCAUUUAUACCGCGUUCCUAGUAGCGGAAAUUAUUGGCAGUGUGGUCAGACGUGGUUCGACACAAUGA